AUGGCUGCCCUGCUGAGUCUUGUCCUGCUGCUGGUGGCCGGCGGUGCCCGCGCCGCCGUGCUGCCCGAGUCCCGCGUGGUCAACGGGCAGGAUGCCGAGCCCUACAGCUGGCCCUGGCAGAUCUCGCUGCAGUACGAGCGGGACGGGACCUUCCGCCACACCUGCGGGGGCACCCUGAUCGCGGCCAACUGGGUGAUGACGGCCGCGCACUGCAUCUCCAAAACCCGCACGUACCAGGUGGUGCUGGGCGAGUACGACAUGAGCACCGGCGAGGGCUCCGAGCAGCGCAUCCCCAUCAACUCCGACGACAUCUUCGUGCACCCCAAGUGGCUCAGCUUCUGCGCGGCCUGCGGCAAUGACAUCGCCCUGAUGAAGCUGCAGCGCCCGGCCGUGCUCUCGACGCAGGUGCAGGUGGGGCGGCUGCCGCCCGCCGGCUCCGUGCUGCCCAACGGGUACCCGUGCGUGCUCAGCGGCUGGGGACUGCUCACCACUGGGGGCUCUACUCUGCCGGACCGGCUGCAGCAGGCUGAGCUGCCCGUGGUGGAUUAUGAGCACUGCACCCAGCCCGACUGGUGGGGCGCCCUGGCCAUCCGCAAGACCAUGAUCUGUGCCGGCGGCGCCGAGAAAUCCGGUUGCAACGGCGACUCCGGGGGACCCCUGAACUGCCAGGCUGAGGAUGGCACCUGGGAGGUGCAUGGCAUCGCCAGCUUCGUGUCUGCCCUGGGCUGCAACGCUGCCAAGAAACCCACGGUGUUCACCCGCGUGUCCGCCUUCGAGGACUGGAUUGCUGAGGUGGGCACAGGGAAUGGGAUCCUGGGCUGCCAGGGGGCAAGGGUGCCAGGGAGUUGGGAUAUCAUGGUGUCAGGAUGCCAGGGAACUUGGGUGCCAUGGUGCUGGGGAAUUGGGAUGCCAGUACAGGGUGCUGGGUUCUGGGAUGCCAGGGAAUUGGGGCAGUGGCACAGCCCCCUCGGGGUGCCCCAGGGCCCGGUGCCCAUGGCCGUGGCCCUCCUGGCCCGGCCGUCUCCUCGCAACGGCCGGCACCGGCGCGUGACCGGGAACAAAGAGCCCUUUCACGCUGCAGGGCUGUAUAAGUUUUAUGGGCUCCUUGUCACCGUGUCCUCGGGGACCUUUGCUCCCCCGCUGGUGGCCCUGGCGGUGUCGCCCGCCCCGCAGCCCCUCGCUAUCGCCGGCCCUUUGCUCCGGGCCAGGGGGAGGCUCGGCUCCCCCAGCUCGUGA